UAAGAAUCUGUUUGAGAAUCUUAUCUUUAAUAUUUAAUAUAGUGAAACUGUCACUUCAAACUUUUGGUUCAAUCAGUUCUGUCGGUGUUACACUUAGGAAAUCAUAAUGUGGAAGGAAAUAUUUGUACUUUUCGGAAUCUCUAUUGCAAUCGCUUCUUCAUCAAAGGUCCAGUGUAAGCAUACGUCAGAGUGUGCCUCAGACGAGUGUUGUUUCUAUCAUGAAGGACCUAUGGUAGCAAGUAAAAAAAGACAGGCCUCCAUUCUUCCUUUUGCUGGUAUGGUUCAAGGUGGAUGGUGUGAAAAAUAUAGAACCCAAGGUGAACAUUGCAGCGGUAUAGCUACAAUGAAUGGCCAUUGCGGGUGUGCACCUGGUCUGAAAUGUAAUCUUAUCCAGGACCCGACCCUCCCUACUCUGACAAUUGCCCCAAUCAAGACGAUAUUGAAACGUAGUAUGCUUUUUGGUUGGCACAGUGAAUGCCAAACAGCACCAUAAUGCGCAGACUGAAAUAACCAAAUAAACAUCUGUUGAAGAUUUGACCUGAAAAACUGG